CGUAAACGGAAGUAAACAGAGACCAAGAAGAACUUAAACGUUAGCGAUUUUAUUGUUGUUCUUUACGCGGUUAUUACCAAAACGGAAUUUAAAAUAUGACUAAUUUCACUACACAGCUUCAGAUAAUAGCUAAAUAUAGUAUUUAAAUCGAGUUGUAGAAAGGACUUUGUAGAUAGAUGUUAACUAGGUAAAGCGAGCUAGCUAACAGCUGCUAACAAUGGCUAACGGUAUGGUUUUUCACACUCAAAUAGCCUCCAUCAUGGAGGUUCUGGCGAAUGCAGCCGUGGCGGAGAUCUGUAAACUCGUAGACGAUGACUAUGCCGUGUUUCGUUUGGAAAUUUCUCAAAGCCAGAAAGAAAAUAGGGCAUUGCGAAGGAAACUACAGCUACUGGAACUGAAGGUGGCACGGGACCGCGCAGAAAGGACAAUGCGAGAGCGCGUCCUCGCCAGUCGUCCUAGUAGUGUCAAGAUCCUUGAUCGAUACAGAGGAAUGGCAAGAGGGGAAGGACAUCUCAGUGGAGGUCACAGAAGCUUUGUGAAGCCAGCUGAACACAACACAUGGAGCGAUGAUCCACCAGUCACUGAAGGGAGUGUAACUCCCAGCCAGCACGUCAUCGUAAUAGAGUCUGCAGAUGGCGACGCUGCCGAACCGGGAGGAUCGUCUCUGGUCAAGCCUGGAGCAGCGCCCCCUGUGGCCCAGGAGGACCUUGCCGACACUGCACCCCGGCCCAGGACCCGACACAGCAUCACGGAGGAUGGGAGUCCGGAGGUCCUCCUGGUCAAAGAGGAGGGCUGUGAGGAGUCUCUGGGGGAUCCUGAUGAGUCAAUGGUGGAGGAGGAGAACCAGACGGCGCCCCCCGAACCGGCAGAGGAGCCGGCGGAGCGGCGGGGGACGGCGCACGGUCUCCUUGAGUCCAGGGAGGUAGACUACGGGAAGCCGGAUCUGGUGCUCGUCAAGGAGGAGGCCAUGGAGGAGGUGCAAGACAACAUCGACCUGCUGAGUGGAUUAAAGAUGGGGGAGCAAGGCAGUUGGCUGGAGGGUAACAGAGGAGACUGGGCAGCCAUCUUGGAUUCCCAGACCCAGGCGGGUGCAGCUAAGGUCCCCGGGGACGAUCUCACUGAGCAGGCCAGGACCAGAGACGACAUAGUGGAGUCUGCGGGCCAAGAGGACCUGCUGAUAUCCAGUGUUGCUGCCAGGAGAGACUGGACAUCUGAGUCGACCGGUCACAAACCUUGGCCCCGGAUCCAGACUCUGGAUCCAGACCCGUCGGGCUUCCUCCCGGAGCCAGAGCCAGGACCCAACCGUGAUGUACAGCGACUCCACCACCACCACCAUCACCACCAGCCAGAACACGCCCAGUGGACAGGGGGGCUGAACAACCACAACCGAGGCUCCAGUGUGCAGCCGAGGACCUUCACCUCACAGCCUCACUCCAGGGAUGGAGCUGGGCACGGGGCUGACAGACCUUCCUGUUCGUACGAUACAAACUCUACAGUAUCCACGCUGAGCCGAGCAGGUCACCCCGGACUUCAGCCUUCACAGAGAGCUCCGGGAGUUCUCCGAGGUGGCAGUGUUUCGGGAGGAAUGUCGUCUCCUUCGGGCGCUCAACUAAUGGCUAGUGACUGGGCUCAUAGGAGGCCUGGACCUGAGCCCGGGUCUACCCUUCCUCAACUACCUCAGGUUCACCCAGGGAGUACCGACAGGGUCAGGUUAGGCGUUCACCACGAGAGGUACUUGGCCUCCAGUGUGGCACAAACCCCGAACUACACCCAGACGAUGGCUCGAGUCAUCGGCGCGCAACGGGGGAGGCCCAGCGUCCGGACAGACGCCGACAAGCCGUACGCGUGCCCCACGUGCGGGAAGCGCUUCGCAGAGGCGAACUACGUGAAGAAGCACCAGACUGUUCACACCAAGGAGAGGCCCUUCAAGUGCAAGCUGUGUUACAAGAGCUUCUCCUUCCUGAGUAACCUCAUCAGACAUAGGAGUGUCCACAAUGGAGAGAAUUUAGCCCAGACCAUGGUUGUCUUUGCAAGGACUCUGGCGUUUGUCCACAAGACGUGCUCGCAAGCCAGUCCAAAAAUGUCGGGUCGCCUUGCAUUCCAGACGCAGCUAGCUUCCAUUAUGGAGGUAUUAGCUAAUGCAGCCGUGGCAGAAAUUUGCAAACUCGUAGAUGACGACUAUGCGGUUGUAAGUUUGCAAAUGUCACAAUGCCAAAGGGAGAACAAAGCUCUGAAACGAAAGCUACAUCUUCUGGAGUUGAAGAUGGCCCGCGGUUACGCGGAGCGAAGGCUACGGGAAAGCGCAAUGAACAGCCGUCCCAACAGCAGAGUCCACAUCAACACAAACGAGAAAUUCAGAGGGUCGUCGUCAUCAAGUGGUGUCGUCUAUGACCGACAGCUGGAUCCCAUGGGUAUGUGGUCAGGAGGCCCUGGCGCUAACAACGACCACAGUAACAGCUCUCAGAUGCAUCCCAGCCCCAUCCAAGACGAGUCGUCAGAUCUGCAGCUCGUGGAGCCGGACUCUCUGCUGGUCAAAGAGGAGCGUAUGGAGGAUCCCCUGGGAGACACAGAAGGAGAUGACGUACCAUUGAUAAGAGAGGACGGAAUGGUUGAGUGUGGCCCUCGCGGAAGCGGCGGUAGAACCGGUCCCGGGGAAGCCCCGUCCCACCCACCCACCUCGGGCCAGGGCCCAGAGCAGCUCAGCCAGCCUCAGCAGCAGCAUCAAGGCCCCAGGAGCAGGCACCGUGUGGAGGUCAGUGGCUCCGCACCUCUCCCUCACCUUAAGUCUGACAGUGAACCCCAGCGCGCAGGACUGUUGCAUCAGCCCCACCCAGACCCUACUGAGUUUGACAUGUACGGUGCUGCUGGUGGUGAUGAUGACGGCCGAGGGGACGGCAUGGGCCCGCUGAGCUCGUUCUUUACCGACGGCGACCAGGCAGAGGUGGCCGGGACUGGGCGGCCAUCUUGCUCGUACAGCACGGUCGCGGAGGCCGCCGCCUCGUUUCAGUCCGGCCAUCGGCGGCAAGCUCCGCCCCCCACCUCGGUCACCAUCCACCGGCGUCAGGCCGGGAAACGGGAGGAGGUUCUGAAUGUCGACUCGGAGGAGGAAGGGGGGGAGCGGGUGGAUGAGUGGGACGGCGACGUCGCAACGUCGGGCGGAGGAGGCAGAUUCCACGGCGACCACGGCAACGUGGCCGGGCCGCCCCAGUCGCGCUCCGACGGCGCGAUGCCGUCAACGUCCGACGCCAACGGGUGGGCCCACGGCGGCAGGAACACCGGCUUCCCCCUGACCAGGGGUGGCAAGGUCCCGCACCGGACCAGCGCCCGCGAGAAACUGUUCAUCUGCAACUUCUGCGGCAAGGCCUUCAACCGGCCCAAGAAAGUGGAGAUCCACCAGAGGACCCAUACGGGCGAGAGGCCGUUCAGGUGCAACACCUGCGGGAAGAUGUUCUCGGAGGCCGGCAACCUGAAGAAGCACCAGAGGGUCCAUACAGGGGAGAAGCCCUUUCACUGUGAGCUCUGUGGGAAAGGAUUCGCCUGGAUACGCAACCUUAAGACCCACCAGGAGAGGAACCAUCCUGACGUUUACCCACCGGACAUGAGCGGAGACAUGAGCUUCACCUAGGGCACGGCCGAGGCCCGAAACUCGCCCGCUUUCCUCCUUAUACCUAAAACUAUAUCAAGUUUCCACCGAGUACUAGAAACCAAUUUGAUGUCUCUAGCCAGAAGGACCCAGCCGUAUGAUCCAAAAUGAGUCAUGGCGUAACCUAACAUUUGGUUAAGAACCAACAAACACUGCUCCAGGAUCUGUCAUUAUGAAUCACAACUCCUUAGUCUGUGUCCGAUAAGUGCAUGUAAAUAAUCUGGGGCAUGACGGGUUGCUUUGUUUAUGUGUACGUAAAAUAUGUCAUAUCAGCUGAUUUGAGGCCAGGUGACUAUUGGGGGAGGGGCUACAUUAGAUAAUCUCAUUAUUUUUGACAGUAUAUUCAUUCUCUAGUUAGCGAUAGUUGACUGUACCUGUGCUACAGUUCCAGUGUUUCCUUUACCAACUGGUUCUCCAUCAUUUAAUAUAGCGAGCCAAAAUGUUUCAACUUUUUAUUUCCAUGGCUGUUUUUUUGCAUGACUCUCUCUUUUGCAGUAGACAUGGUAAUCAAUAUAUUUGUAACAUUAAAUCACAAUAAAAUUACAGUAUUGAAUCGCGAAGCAUAUAGAGUUGUAAACAUCACCAUGCAUAUCAUAUUGGCAACCAAGUAUUGUGGUAAAAUAUUACAGUGCGGCCCCUGGCGUUUCCUAAACCUAGUAAAUAUCUAGUCCAAAAUAAGAUGGAGGUAUUUAUGGUUAUUGUUUAACAAAGGAUAGUUCUGGUUGAAGGCAUUGUGUGUCGAAUUGCUGCCACUUUCCUUUUGCACUAGAACGUUUUACAUUUGGCCCAGCAGCAAUUAAUGUUUUGUUUUAAACGUGUUUCAAUGCAAUUUAGACGGCGCAAUCCUUUUCACCCAAGUUUUCACUGCUAGUUUUCUCAAAUAAACAGAAAUGUAGGGGACUAUGUAGAAUUUUAGCGACCUGAAAAGAACAGAGGGAUUGUCCGUCACUGUGCUUGAUGGAUGUGCAAGUCUCUUGUUGACGUUGAUGGCGAGAGCGUUGCCGCCUCUGUUUGACAACCGAACACAGUACGGUUUCUGUUGUCCUAAACAGAGUCUGUAUUUUAGAAUCAGGGUUUGUAUCCAUACAGUUUAUGAAACACUAUCGUUCCACUAUAUUGAACAUAAAUAUAGAUGCAAAAGGGCACAAUUAAAAAGAUUUUUGCUAAGGUACGGUUCUGAUAAGGAAAGGAAAACAUUUCCCUACCACGAAUGUAAACACAUUUCUGCAUGUUUUAAAGAAAUAAUUACAUGAAAAAUAUUUUUUGCGAUGUUUUAGCUCAUGAAUCAUCAGACCAACUCUGUGUUUUACCCCCACUAUAUUACUGCAGAUAUUAAGGACAUUUUCUAUUAUUAUAAUGCAGUAUUCUACAUAUUGCUUCUACAAAUUUGUGUAAAUACAAUGUGGUUGAAAAGGUACUGUACAUACAAUGCUAUGGGAAUAUUUGACAUUGAUGACAUUAACUUUGUAAAUAAGUUUCUGAAUGCCCAUUUAUGAAGGAGUGGCAGUUUGUUAUAGUUACAUUACUUUAUCCCAAAAAGUCAACAUAUUACAUUGCUUCUUCUAAGUCAGUGUGUCAGACUGUAUUUGAGGUUUGUUUUUUGUGUUUAUACAUAUCUUCGCUGUCUGAUUUUAGGAAAUGCUAGCAAAUUUGGAUUUUUUUUUUGAAAGCAGUAACUCCCUUCAAUGUACUCUAGACAUUUCAUGAAUCUAAACCCAAGACAAAGUAUCCAAAACAGCUCAUGACAUUUCACAAUUGCAUGCUUGUGAAUAGAAAUCUCAAGUUUCGGUUUCCUGAAAUGUUUAUCUUUUGGAGAUACAUUUUCAUCAGACAGCGAUGAUAUGGAACUACUAUGAAUAAAGUACAUUCCUUACACUAAGGUUUCUGUCUUUAUUGAGAUUCAUAGUUAAUGGUGGUUUAUUUGGCAGGUUAAGGAAAAAAGGAGUGGACCUUUAACCAAACCAUUUACCAAAAAGGAAAACUACCCAGAGUUGCUUCAAAGUCUGUCAAAUGUCACCUAAGAAGCUCCAUGUCAAUUUGAAAUAUCCCUGCAACAACAACAACAAAAGUAU